GUUUCAACGAAUAAAUGGCAUCUAUUUGAACACAUGACUUUUUUAGAUUCCUUCGUGCAGCAUCGAAAAACGUCCUCAAAUUUAGAACUUGUCACUCUAUCAGCUGUGGUAGAAGGGGAAGAAGUGUCUGGGUCAUCUUCUGUCGCACCGACACCAAAAAAAAGGAAGGAAGAAGUGAACAUGCGGAUUUUGAAAAUUCUUGAGGAGGAGAAGGAUGAUGAUCCAGACAAAUUCUUCCUUCUUUCACUUCUACCACAGCUGAAAAGACUGUCUCCUGAGCGUGCUUCAUCAACAAAGAUGAAAAUCAUGCAAUUACUCCAUGAGGCUGAAUUUGAGAAAUGAUUCAAAUUCAAUUUCCCACUUAAAAAUUA